CAUGUGAAUAUGUAGCAAGAGACACGCUUCUCUGUCCCCUCUUCUAUUACCAUUUUUAUUCCUUUCUUUUCCAGUUUCUCACCCGAAAAAAUCCUUUUAAUUAUUUUCGUAUUUUGACUACUAUUAUUAAAUAUCAAAACUUCUUCUUUAUUCACCUAUAAAAAUAUAAAUUAAAAUCUAAUCCUUCCUAUAGUUCCGCCUUCCCUUCUUCUCAAAACUUCUCUCCACGUCUCUCUCUUUAUUCUGCAGAAGCAUUCAACAACUCUCACGAUGAUGGCGGUGGAUCUUCUAUCGGAAAACUCUAACAUGAGUCCAAGAAUCUCCUUCUCUCGUGACUUUUGCCAAUCCGAUGCAAUACCGGUCGAGAAACGUCCGUUACGAUCAUCGUCGAACUCCAAACCGUCGAGUCUCAAUUCAAGCGUCGAUUUCGAUUUCUGCAUUCCCGGCGGCGUAACUUCCGGCGAAAGCUUCGACCAAGGCUCUUGGUCCGCCGACGAGCUCUUCCGCAACGGUAAAAUCUUACCGACCGAAAUCAAGAAGAAGAAACCCGAAUCGCCACCGCCCGAGAAACGCAAUCCGGGUAAAAAAGUAUCCGAUACCGGUCCACCCGAACCGUCUAAACCGGAUACUAGAAAACCGAGAAAACCUGUUGAAGAAGAGGAAGAUGACGUCGUCAUAACGGAGGAGAAACCAAGUACGAAGUCGUUUUGGGGGUUUAAGAGAAGCAGCAGCUUAAACUGCGGGAGUAGUUACGGACGGAGUUUAUGUCCGUUACCGUUACUAAACCGGAGCAAUUCGACCGGUUCGACUUCCAGUAAACCGAAACAGAGCUCGAGGAAACACACAACAGAGCAUAUAAAGCUACAACAAUCGUCAUCGUUAUCAUCUUCGUCUUCGUGUUCAUCGAGUAACAGUAGCUUUCAGAAACCGCCAUUGAAGAAGAAUUAUGGAGGCUACAGUUACGGAAGCCAUGGAAGUGGAACUAGAGUGAGUCCGGUUAUAAAUAUGGUUCCGUCCGGGAACUUGUUUGGUUUAGGUUCUAUAUUCUCUGGAAAUGGAAAAGACAAGAAUAAGAAGAGAUAGGUUUGGUUCUGAUUUGGUAAGAGAGAUAUUAUUCCUGGGUUUACUGUUUGAUCCUGCUUCUUCUUCUUUCUCUGAACUCUGAAGAUUUCUGACAGUGUGUUUUGUGGGUCCUAUUGCCAACUUCUUUGUGUCUUUUUUUUAGAUUGUUGUGGUGUAAUUGUUUUUUGUUUGAUUUGUUAGUUUGUCCUUUAUCAAUGUUUAAAUCUAGAUUUUAUAUUUCAA